AUGGAUCCUUGGUUUGAGUAUGAUGAUAUUCUAAACCAGGAAUUUACUCAAGCGGCGAAUUUCCCAGCUGUUUCAGAAGUUGAGGAGAGUUUAGCUUCUUUUGAACCUACAUUUCAAAAAUUCGACGCGUUACCUCCAUCCCCUGAAGACCAUGCUUCCGCGCUAGUUCAUAGUUUGCAAACCCACUCUAGCCAUCUUACAGCAAACCCUACAUACGUGAAUCCAUCCCAGAUCAAUCCUUUUGAAUAUGCUUCCUUAAUAAGCAAUUCUGAAUGCCACUAUCCUAUAAGUCCCAAUGCUACAUUAUCGGAAGCUUCCACACCCGAAUUAUCAAACCCGCAAGCUCGAUACCUCAAAAAUAAGCGCAAGAAAACUCAGCUUUACACAAAGCUUCAUCCCAAUCAUUAUGCACUUCUUUCGAAGUCCUUCGAUGAAGAUCCUUUUCCUCGCAUGUCUUCGCAAGACAUAAACCUUGAAUAUCUUCGUCAAACGGGUUUUAAUGAUCCUAUAAUUUUUCCAUCGGUUGAUACUCAAAAUACAAAUCAGCUUACCCUUAGUAAAAUUGCUAUUCUCGUUGGAAAUGAUUGUCCUCUUCAUAUAGUCGAUGUGGUCACACAAAGGCAAAUUUCCAACAAAAUGACCAUGAAGCAAUGGUUGCAAUAUAUGAGACAGAAGCCUUCUGAACGCUCUAGAAUAUACGAUGUUUUAAGCUUUGAAGUAUCGACUACAAAACUUGCUCUUUAUGUUCGGAAACCCGACAUUGUUCGCGACCUUGACCUUGUAAAUAUUGUUUGGCCACCCAGUGCUUUUGCUUCAGGGGAUUGUCCUCAUGUAGAUACUUAUUGUCAAAUGUCAGCCGAAAACUCUUAUAUCGAUUUUCAUAUAGAAUUUGGUGGAUCGAGCGCUUACUAUAAUAUAUUGGAUGGUCACAAAAUCUUUUAUCUGAUCCCCCCCAGCCAAAAACACUGGAAUGCUUAUAUAUCUUGGCUUACAGCAAGUGAAAGCAAGCGAGAGUCUUUUCUACCAGAUAUGGUGGAUAAAUGCUAUCAUGUGGAAGUUCGAGCAAAAGAAACCAUUAUCAUUCCUUCUGGUUGGAUUUAUGCAGUUAAAACACCGUGUGAUACAAUUGCGAUCUCUGGCAAUUUUCUCACUAGUCUUCAUAUUCAAUCUCAGAUUUAUAUCAACGAACUGGAGGUCAACCUAGGUAUUGAGCGAGAAUUUCAAUUUCCAUGCUUUGAAAGUAUUAUGUGGUAUACUGCAGUUCAUUUCUACUUUGCUUUUCCUGAUAAUGGUCCGAGAGAUGGCAUAGAUGACAUGCUCUCGAUAUACGAAACGGGUUCGUUAUUAGAGAUAGAAAAAUUUACAUCUCAAGAACUGCAAGGAUUUGAAGAAUUGCUUAAUUAUAUUUAUAUACGCGCACAAAUACUUCGAGAAUGUGACUUCAUAGUGGAUAUUGAGCAAAACAAUGUUCAAAUACAGGAAAAUAAUGGAUUUGAAGUUGCAUGGGCAAUGGUUCCUCCUUCAUUGGAGGAAGUUUGUGUUGAUUUUGUUAAAAAAUUCGGAACUUGGUUUACCUAUCAUCAUGGUCGCAGUAUUUAUAUGCCGUUUCUCUACAGGGCUCAAGAAACGAACAUUAGAAGGAGAGAUAAGAGGAAAACUCCUCAAAAAGUUACUAUCACCUGCCAUCGACCUACAAAAGGUCAGCUAUUUUCAGCAGUUGUUGUUCACACUCGCAAGUCCUUCAUCGAAGCUUGCAAGCUAGAAGAAGAAAGAAGUAUAAAAAGGGCGAAAACAACUGUCGAAAGGGAAGAUAUACAAAAAGCAAAUAAUGAUAAACUCGUGGACCGGUUCUUUUAUCCAAGAAGUAGCAAUACUGAUACAAAUAUCCUGGGCCCUUCUAUAUUAAUUUUCUCAAAAAAAAUCAAUACUAGUUUUAUCAAAAAACUACUUCAAAAUAACUCUUUUACAGUUUCCCUUAAUCGUCAAGUUGUACGGGUUUUUAGAAGUUUCACUCGGCAAAAGCGAAUGCUAUCACUACGAUCGUUUUUGAAUGAAUUUCCUAAAAUUUCUAAUAGUUGUUCGCAUAAAAGGUUAAAACAAAAACCAGCCAGUGACACUGGUGAUUAUGCUUUACUAUCGCAGGAACAUGCUCUAAUACUACACCCACAGAUCUUCCUUAAGCGUUCUAGUAAUUCAUUGUCGCUUACACACUAUUUUUCUUUGGAGGAUUUUUACAAAGGCCAUAGCAAGAAGGUGCAUAAUGAAUCUACUUUGCAUCACCAACCUGAAAGAACAGCACUGGUUCUAGAUUCUAGUUAUCAUAAUCAAAAAGCAUGUGAAAAUAUGGAUUUUUAUAUGGAUAAUAAAGAAAUCUAUGCUAAGAAGAAUAAUUUUUUGGGCUUCUCAACGUUGGUCUCAUCACCAUCAAGCAAUGAAGAUAGCUCGUUCCUGGAAGAUUGUUUUGACAUAGCAGACGCGAUUUCUUCCCCAAGUAAACAAAAUAUGUCAAAGCGGAAACUUGACGAACAGGAUACGUUUCAAGGAAAAAAUCAGCUGAAACCAAUAAGAACAUCAACCAGAAUAAAGUCGAUGGGCGAUUUGCAGAUGAAAAACUCCAGCAAUUCCCAAUCAGCAAUUGAUUCUCAUUUUUACUCAACAAAACCGUUUAAGGAAUCAAUAAAGGACGAGAAACAUGUUACUAAAGUUGAGAAUAAUAACAAAAGACAUUUCGAUGGACGGAACAGCAAUGUCCAAUCCUUAGAUGACCAGGAUCAAGAUCACAUUUACGAUUUUGCGGAUGGACCACCUCCCAAAAUCCGUUUGAAGUUGUCGUAA